GCUCUUGUUAUAACAUGUAAGAGAUUCAAUGAAUAUACUAAUAUUAGUUGCAGCCAUUAUAAAAUGUUCUGAGUAAAGAUUACUUUUGAGGGUUUUUUCCUCCCAUAGUACAGCAUUAAUUUUUCCACCAAGAGCAUGUUGUUUAAACUAAACACAUUAACAAGCAGCAAGACAAAGCUGGGUGAUACUAAAAUUACAACCAAAUGCAUUUUCAGCCAUGAUGAUGUCUAUUAUAAAGAGAAUUGUAGCUCACUGGAAGCAAGUCAAAUUUCAGAAUUAUAAUGCUUUACUGCAGCACUAUUUAAACCAACUAUGAAAAUUUCUCUAUGACAGUCUUUUUUGGCAGUGAUAGAACUCUGUGCUGUCUGAAUCCCAGGUUCAGUUAUCUCUUUGUGUUGUAUUUUACAAUACGGAUCAAAGCCAUUGUUUUAGAUUAGGGAAUAUAGCAACAUAAAGGCAAUCUUAAGUAGGUUUUAGUGGUUGUAGCUGCUAAUUCAUGAUGCAUAUUUUAUUGGGUGGGCUUUUUUUUUCCCCCAGGGAAAGGGGAGAUGCAGGGAUGUGAGGAGUAAAGAGUAAGGUGGUUGUGUAGCAUUUGAGCACGCUAAUUUUUUAUAUGAAACUUUGAAAUGGAAGAUAUCUGCUAAGCAUUUUAAUGCCAGUUUUUAAUAAAAAGAGAACUACCCUUAAUCUAGUUACUUGGUCUGACAUCUUUUGUGUAAUAGUUAAUAGCACUACUAUCUCCAUUUUACAACAAUUAUCAUAAGUAGGUCCAAAGGCAAAGCUGGGUAUCUGGAUGCCCUUUCACAAAUGUCCUGAGAAAGAUGAUUUUCCAGUACAUGAGUUAAUUAACUGUAUUAAAUAUAUUAAUAACUUGGUUGCAAUUGUACUGAAUCAUCAUCUAAAAAUAAUUAUAUGUUUGGUCAUAUGCUCCUUUAACAUUUCAAAAUAUUUGUUUUCAGGGCCACAGGCCUUUAAUAUUCAUUUAUUCAAAGCAACUAACAUGCUCUAAGAGACAAGCUAACUUGGUGAUAGCUACAUGUAUGAAAAUCUGAUUUUGAGUGAUUACUAUUUUCAUUCUUUGAAUAGGAAAACAGGCUGUAUGACAGAGGUGAAUAUAGCCUUUCUAUGCGAAAUGGAAAAUACCAUGCACUCCUUAUAUGGCUAAAUGAAGCCGAGAUGGCAAUGCACUAUAAUUACAAUGUAUGAGAAUUUGGGACUUUGUACUCCUCUAUUUUUAACACUUUUGCUAGCAUAUGGUAAUUCGGGGUCGUCAAACCAUAGUCUUUCACUGUUAAUGCUAGUGAUAAAAGAAUGGAUUCUAAAUUUGCCAAAGUCUUGUGACCAAGGCAGCAGCAGGAGGAUUCAAAAACGAAAAUCUGGCAACCCCAGAAUUAUCUUGACUGUCUACUUAAAUCUCAGAUGCAUUUUUAAGCCCCGCCCCCACUCCAUCUCACAGUCUCCCUCCUUUCUCUUUCUCUCUGACCUCAAAUCCAACCAGAAGCAUUUCUCCACUCUGCAGAGAAAUUCUCAGGCUCCCGUAGAGACCUGAAGCACUGAGAAGCCAAGAAAUCUCUUGUGCGGCAGUAUUGGGAGACAAGAAAAUUGGAGAAUAAGCAGAAAAACCAUAAACCUUAAGAAUAACGAGAAGCAAGCAUUUCCAAACGUCUCAGGUGGACGCGCUGAGUUCCGGUGAAGGGAAAAGAGACGUGGCGAAAUUGCUGUCUUUCUAUCUUAUAAGCGCCCCUCUCACUCAUACAGAGGAAGGAACCGAGACGUCAGAAAGGCUGCGCAAACCAUGCAGGAUGAUUUACUGAUGGACAAAAGCAAAACCCAGCCCCAGCAACAGCAGCGGCAGCAGCAGCAGCAGCAGCCCCAGCCCGAGCCCAGCGCAGCCGAAGCCCCGUCCACGCCCCUCUCCUCAGAGACCCCCAAGCCGGAGGACAGUAGCGCAGUGCCGGUCCUGAGCCCCGCCGCGGCCCCACCGGCUCCCAACGGCCCGGACAAGAUGCAGAUGGAGUCGCCGCUCCUGCCGGGCUUGAGUUUCCAUCAGCCCCCUCAACAGCCGCCGCCACCCCAGGAGCCCGCGGCCCCGGGCGCGUCGCUGUCUCCGUCCUUCGGCAGCACCUGGUCCACGGGCACGACGAACGCGGUGGAGGACAGCUUCUUCCAGGGGAUCACCCCCGUCAACGGGACCAUGCUCUUCCAGAACUUCCCGCACCACGUCAACCCAGUCUUCGGAGGCACCUUCUCCCCGCAGAUCGGCCUGGCGCAGACCCAGCACCACCAGCAGCCGCCGCCGCCGCCGCCGCCGGCGCCGCAGCCGGCGCAGCCUCCCCAGGCGCAGCCCCCGCCGCAGCGUCGCUCGCCCGCCAGCCCGAGCCAGGCGCCCUACGCGCAGAGGAGCGCCGCCGCCGCCGCCUACGGCCACCAGCCCAUCAUGACCAGCAAACCGUCCUCGUCCUCGGCCGCCGCCGCCGCGGCCGCCGCCGCGGCCGCCGCCUCAUCCGCUUCGUCCAGCUGGAGCACGCACCAGAGCGUGAAUGCCGCCUGGAGCGCUCCGUCCAACCCGUGGGGCGGCCUGCAGGCGGGCCGGGACCCUCGCCGGGCGGUGGGUGUGGGCGUGGGCGUGGGCGUGGGGGUACCCUCCCCGCUUAACCCCAUCUCGCCGCUCAAAAAGCCCUUCUCCAGCAAUGUGAUCGCGCCCCCCAAGUUCCCUCGUGCGGCUCCGCUCACCUCCAAGUCCUGGAUGGAGGAUAACGCUUUCCGGACCGAUAAUGGUAACAAUCUGUUGCCAUUUCAGGACCGGAGUAGGCCCUAUGACACUUUUAACUUGCACUCGUUGGAGAACUCCUUAAUGGAUAUGAUAAGGACUGAUCAUGAGCCUCUGAAAGGUAAACACUACCCUCCCAGUGGCCCACCAAUGAGUUUCGCUGAUAUAAUGUGGAGGAAUCAUUUUGCAGGACGAAUGGGAAUAAAUUUCCAUCAUCCGGGAACAGAUAAUAUUAUGGCACUCAACAGUCGAUCUUCUCUCUUCCCCUUUGAAGACGCCUUUUUGGAUGACAGCCAUGGCGAUCAGGCCUUGUCAUCUGGCUUAAGUUCUCCCACUCGUUGUCAAAAUGGGGAACGAGUAGAACGCUACUCCAGAAAGGUGUUUGUUGGAGGUCUUCCUCCUGACAUCGAUGAAGAUGAGAUCACUGCCAGUUUUCGCAGGUUUGGGCCUCUGGUGGUAGACUGGCCUCACAAAGCAGAAAGCAAGUCCUAUUUUCCUCCCAAAGGCUAUGCCUUUCUACUGUUCCAGGAGGAGAGCUCAGUGCAAGCUCUGAUAGAUGCCUGCCUAGAAGAAGAUGGGAAGCUCUACCUGUGUGUGUCAAGCCCUACCAUCAAGGAUAAACCGGUGCAAAUUCGACCAUGGAACCUAAGUGACAGUGACUUUGUAAUGGAUGGUUCUCAGCCUUUGGACCCCAGAAAAACUAUCUUUGUUGGGGGAGUUCCACGACCCCUUCGAGCUGUUGAACUGGCAAUGAUAAUGGACCGUUUGUAUGGUGGUGUUUGCUAUGCUGGCAUUGAUACGGACCCAGAGCUGAAGUACCCCAAAGGUGCUGGCCGUGUGGCAUUCUCUAAUCAGCAGAGUUACAUUGCAGCCAUCAGUGCGCGCUUUGUGCAGCUUCAACACAACGACAUUGACAAACGGGUGGAGGUGAAGCCGUACGUGCUGGAUGAUCAGAUGUGUGACGAGUGCCAGGGCACGCGCUGCGGCGGGAAGUUCGCCCCGUUCUUCUGUGCCAACGUCACCUGUCUGCAGUAUUACUGCGAGUACUGCUGGGCGAGCAUCCACUCCCGCGCCGGGCGCGAGUUCCACAAGCCGCUGGUGAAGGAGGGCGGCGACCGGCCCCGCCACGUCCCGUUCCGCUGGAGCUGAGCCCCGGGCCCACCCAGCCACAAGUACUGGAGGAGAUCGCCAGGAGGGAGAGGAGAGGGCACCGCCUCAGGGCUUACAGUGUUCUGGAAAUCUGUGCAUUUGUUCUCGAUUUUUAAAGAAGAAAUGGGUCUUUUUAUUAUUAUUAUUAAUUAUUAUUAUUACUAUUAUUUACAGUCAUAUUACUGAACUCAGUGUCCAGUAUAAUGCAACAUUGCAGAGUGUGUAACGGUACUGAUUUGCACUUUGAUUCACACCUUCGUCUGCUUGAUACCUUACUUUUCUCACACCUGAUUUGUCCUUCUUGACAGUGCGUGGACUGCCGCUCUCGCCAGUGGCCAUCAGACGGAUGUCUGUGACUCUUUUGUUUGUUGUUGUGUUGUUGUUGUUGUUGUUCUGGUUGUUCUGGUUGUUUUUAAACUGGAGCAUGCACUUAUUUUCAGAAACUUGGAAAGUCGCCCCUAGGACAAGACUUACCAAAGGUAACACUCGUGAGUUAGGUGGCAGAUGUAGCAAAAUUUCCCAAUUCAGCAAUUGCUAGUGGGGGUCAUUUAGAGUAGGGAUAGCCCUCAAUGGAAAUCAGCCUUUAGUUGCUCUGUAUUUUGAGUUGUAAGGAUACCUCAUGAGCUGGAGUUUUCUUUUUUUAUUUCAUGUUUGAUUUUUUUUUUUUGCUGAGGACUUUGGUUAGAUCUUUUGAUGUUGUGUAAAUUUAUGCUGCAAUAGCUUUUGCUGCUAUUAAAAUGGUAUUGUCGAUACCAUAAUACUCUAUUUGGGCAAAGGUAUCAAUUACAAACAAAAACCCAACAACACACGUUUGUGAUUUAGGGAUAGAAUCAGCUGCCAAAGGGGAUCAGCAUGGACUGGAGAAAGCUUCAAUGGAAGGUCACUAUUUCUGACUGCAUGUUUAUUUAAUCAGGUUGCUGCAUGCAAUAAAUUUUAUAUCCAAUGUCUAGUAUAAAACCUUCCCACAAUGCACAAAUUAAUAAUCUAUAUAAGCUAUAAACUACUCAUUUUUUAAAAGAGAUUUUUUUUCAUUCAAAGAGUUGGUAAAGAAGGGGAGGAAGGCAUGCCUCAGUCAAUGGAAUGCUGAGUAAGAGGAGUCCAUAGCAGAAUGACCUAUAUUACAACCAAUAGAAAAUCUAGGUGUAGGAUAUUCUUAAAGCAAAUUCGUGGACGGUAGAUGAAGUACUUUGCGGUGCUCUGUUAUAUAUUGUGCAAUUUAUUUUAUAUAGUAAAGUGAUUAUGUCUAACUGUGAUCAAACUUAACUGUUUAAAGCCUCUGUGUCAGACAUUAUUGAACUUGACAGUUCCUAACUGGUAUAUUAUUAAGUAACACAUGAGCUCUUAGUUACGAUCUCUUAGUGCUUGUACCAUUUUACAUAGCUCCAGACCUUGUCCAGAAAACCAAAGAGCUCAUCUUAGCUUACAAACACUAAGAAUAUAUACAGUAUCUAGAGAUAAGUUGUCAGAUUGACAAACUAGGCACACAUCUUUAAGGAAGUUAUGUAAUGGUGAUGCUAAAGAAAUGUCUGUACACAACCAGAUGGCCUGGGCAGAGCUGGCUGUCUGGGUGAGAAAUUAACUACUUAGUUCCCUGGAUGUAUCCUGUAAAGCUUGAAUAGAAUUAAGCCCUGCUAGUACUACCAUGGGCAUUUUUUUAGCAUUCACUCUUGGGCUGCAGAUAGUAAUAUAUAAACACACACAAUGAUUGCGAGAGUAUGUAAAUCUUUUUUGAUAUUCUUCCUAUGUUUUGGAAUUCUGGGGACAAUCUGACUGGAUAUGACGCUGCAGAGUAGAUGCGAAUCACUGUGUUCUUCGUGCCGUGAUGUCCUUGUGCUGUCUGAAGUUAGUAUUGUCGGUUUCUGUUCUGUUCUUCCUCCAGUGUUUAGUUGCAAUUACUGGCUCUCAACCUGUAGUUUUUUGUUUUCAAAAAGGCAAAACAAAAUAGUUGUUGUUUUUAUUGGAUUAAAAAAUGCAUAUUAGAUUCCUCCCCUUUUGAGGUUGCCUCUGGGCGUUUGGGUAAUAUUUGCUUUUUUUUUUUUUCAGCCCAGGUAUGGUUUUGUUUGUUGUUGUUGCUGCUGUUGUUUUCUAUGUUUGUGGGUUUUUUUUCAUCUGCACAAGAAAUUUUGUUAUGCACUACUACUUUUUGUAUUUUAGACUGUUUUCAAGUUAGCUGAAGAUUUUUGUUUUGUUUUGUUUUUAAGGAAAAUGGCAUGCUUUCUGACUGACAUGAUCUUUUGCAAUACCUCAAUUUUGAAAUAUAGGAAAGAAAAUGAUAUUUUCUAAGUAAGUUUAUUCAGAAAAAUAUAUAUUAAUUUAAUUCUGCAAGAAAAUGAUUUAACAGAUGGGUAACUUUAUUUUUUUCAUGAUUAUUUGUGUUUUUUGAAAAUGAAGAAGUUAGAGCUUUAUAACUAUAAUAUUAAAGAUCAUAUCUAACCUACAGAAAUCUACCUAAUUAUGUGAAGGAAGCAAAUCUUUUUGAAGAAGCUCCCCUCUUUCGUGUACUAAAAUAACACUGAGAUUUAAAAAAAAAAUUGAGCUGGAAGAUUGGACAGCAUAAAGCUGAAGUGAAGGAAAACAAAAACAUUGUCAAGAAAACUAGGUUACAAAAAUCAACUCCAUUUGGUGCUGGAAGUGGCGGAUAGAUGGUGGAAACUAUUUUCCCUUCAUUUGUAUAUUUCUAAUCAAGCGUUGAUUGUGCACGACUGACCAGGAUUGUGAAAGAGUUCUUCUGUUUGUAUUUUUUUAAAGAGAACUUUUUUAGUUUAUUAAAUUAUAACAUGUUCCCUUUUGUUUUGUAAAUAAAUGUGCCCCCCCCCCAAGUUCUUAAUGUUAUAUUAAAAGAGAGGGUCCUUCAAAAAAUUAUUUUUUAAAACACAAAGGUGUUUCUGACCUGCAACUUGACUGGGCAGCCCCCCGCGACACAGGUCCUGUGUGGCCUUUCUUUGAUGUGACACUUGAACUAGUGGGUUUUUUGAAGGCUAUAAUCUAACCUCGACUAUUUGUUGUUAUGUGCAAUACUGUUUGUACUGUUUGUAUAAAAAAUAGAAAAAAAAGAAAAGAAAAAAGGCAUAAAUCUUUAUUGCAGAUUUAUUUUCAUUGCAAACUUUAGACAUUGUGAUUCACUGAAAUCAUUUUUCUACUGUCAAAUAUGUACCUUUUCUUCAUGCUGGUAUUUUUUCAAUAGUAAUGUAGCCUUUGUACUGAGACAAAUUUUCAUUGUUAUUUUUAGAAAGAUUUUUUGCUAAGAGAAAAAUUAAACAUAUUUACAUAUUUUUCAUUUUAUUUCGUAUUUUCUUUAAAGGAGUGCUUUCUCAAUCAUUAAUAGAGUUGUUUCUGGGAGGGACUUUCAUAUCUGGUCAAUGUCAUAAUAUUAUUUUGUAUUUUUACUUGGAAUAAAUUAAUUUUAUGAUGCUAAUUCUUUAAAAGUUUAUUUUUUUCAUUUUCGGUUAUUUUUGAAGCUAAAACCUUUGUAAUAUUGUUACUAAAGUGUCUAGUUUUUUGAAAUGCAAAGCUUUAUGUAUUAACUUUCUGAACGUGGUUUACAGUAGCGUGACGACGGUGAGCAUGCUUGGUUAUGUAAAGUGACUGGAAAUGUACUGGAGACUUGGGUAAUAAAAUGACAGAAUGAGCAGACCGUGAAAUUUGGACAAGCCUUUUCCUUUAUUGCAGUGGUUCAGUGUAAGCCUAGGGAUGUCACAGUACAGGUCUCUAGGGAUGUCACAGUACAGGUCUCUAGGGAUGUCACAGUACAGGUCUCUAGGGAAGCCAGUAGAUUUAGACAACACCAGGUGUGGCCCAGGGUGUGGUGGCCUCUGAUGAAGUCACCUCUCCUGAAAUGCCACUGGGCUGAAAACCCUAGCCAGGUCAACAAUGCUUUUCCCCUCUAACUCUCCUCAUUGUGUGUGUGUGUGUGUGCAUGCGUGUGUGUGCGUGUGCGUGUGAAUCUGCCACCAACUGCUGUCCACGUGUGACACGGUGCCUUUCCCUCCCAAGUCUCUUACACGCAUGUACAGUGGUCACAUCUGUGAGGCAAAGGAAGUCUCUGAGAAGAUGCCACCUCCUCUGUAGCCUGCACGUGAGGGUGUCACCUGUGUCACUUCUCUGUAAAGCGACAGCUGUCACCACUGUACAUGGACACGGCGGCUGUGUGUCAGGCUGCCUCUCCCCCGCGCCCCCUGCCUGUGGCUGUGGCAACACACGGAGCCUGGCCAAGCAUGAUCUUGUCUGUCGGCCUGCUGCUGCCUUUCCAGCCCCACCACCUGGCGGCCCUGCAGCACAUGCCCUAAUGGCAGCACGCUGUUGCGCUGGCCCCUAAAACUGCACAAGUGGUGUUGCAUAAACAGACCAUCCAGUGACUUGCUCUAGAUAGACGCUGUGUUUCUGCUGGGCCUGUGGCCUCUUCAAUACCGCAGCUGUGGCGCCAGGGGCAUCAGUAACUCAGAGAAACUGGCCAGUGUUGGCUCUUGGGUUCGCUCUGUGUAUUCAGUUUUGUAAAUACUAUAUAGAUUAGAUCAAGUUGUGAUGUAAAAUUUAACUCACAUUGGAUACUACUGGUUGGAAUUUUGCAUUAACUACAACUAAACGAUUAGGAACCGAAGAAAAGAAAUUGGAAAAAUUCUUGUUUAGUGGCAUAAAGAUUAUGCUUAGAUUUCUGCCUAUAUCUUGUGUUUUAUAGCUUGUUAGUGAGGCAUAGGCUAUUGCAGAGUGUACUGCAUUUAUGCAAUUAGCAAAAUAACUGCUAGUUUUCAUUUUAUCUAUCGUAUUAGCAACAAAAUGGCACUUAACUGGGUAAAGCUCCUACCUAAAUAUUUGAGUAUUGUGACAUCUCUACUUGCAAGGUUUGAAUGAAAGAUUAGUCACAGAUCAGUUGGGUUUAAAAAAAAUUUUUUUUGGUUGAUGUUAAAACUGGCUUCUUUGUAUAGGUUGUUGAUUUCCCACUAGUUUGUACGAUCUGUCAGCUAACAUUUCUGGUUUUUUUUUCUUUUAUAAUAAUAAUCAAACUUCUCUAUCUCAGCUGCAAUAGUGUUUUAUCUUACCACAAAGUAUUUUAUAAUUACUGCUGUUGACUUUAUACCCCCAAAUGGGUGAAGAUUCUGUGAUUCAGGGAUGUUUAAAUUGUAUGUCAAAAAAAAUGAAUUGUGCAGGUAGAAAACUUGGGUGCUAACACAUGAUAACUUCUUUUUUUCUUUCCUGGAUAUAGUUCUGUUGGGGUAUAAAGUCUUAGGUAUUUGUAUUUUUGCUGUCAAAAUAAUGGACAUAACUUUUAGAGUGUUCACAGCUAAAAAUCUCUGUAUUUGUUUUUCAACUAACAACUAAUUUUAAAUGUAUUGUAUCUUUUAUUACCUCUUUUCUUGGAUUGUUUUCUUUUUUGUUGGUUUUUUAAUCUUACUUUGUUUCCUUUUGCUCUUAACCCUACUCAGCUUCUGCCAUGGGGGCUUGGGCUAAUACUGCUUGCGUGGGAUACAGUACUGUGACUAAACAUGGAGCUCAAUGCAGCUAUUGCUUACAACUGCUUAAACUUUGUAGUUUGGACUUCUUUUUUUUUCUGUAAUAACAACUUAUUAAAUCUAGUUGGAUAAAGUACUGACACUUGUCAUCCUUUGCAUUUGCUAAGGAAUGAGCUUGGUGUAUUUGGUUUGUAUCUGAGAAACACUCCA